AAUUUAUUGAACCUUUUUGCAGUCUGCCUGAUACACUUGGCCUAUACAUUUUUAUUGAAAAAAAAUAUCACAAUCGCAAUCUGCUGUGUAUCAGCUAGUACAGUAACAGUUACAGUAUGUCAGUGCAUGCCAGUGCCACUGUGACUGUCGGAAUUAAUGAAUGCAUGCGCACCAUACACUAGACAGUGGAUACACCAUUCGCUCAACCAUACUACCUAAAAUAGAUGGUCAUCUUUCGUCAUCUUGAAGCAGGUAUGGUCGAAUCGUUCUGGCUAUCAUGUCAUUUUGGUUCAUGCCAUAUGAUCCAACGCGAGCAACACUUUGCUACUUAUCGAGUGCAUUACUCGAUUCCUUAGAUGGACAUGCUGCUCGUCUUCUUGGACAAAGUUCCAAGUUUGGUGCCAUGCUGGACAUGCUGACAGACAGAUGCGCAACCAUGUGCUUACUUGUGGUUCUCUCCCAAUUCUACCCAAGUUACAUGAUACUGUUCCAGUUGAGUAUGUCCUUGGACAUUGCCAGCCACUGGCUGUUCAUGCACAGCACGAUGAUGAAAGGGUCCCAAAGUCACAAAGCAAUCGAUCUCUCUGGAAAUCCUAUCUUGCGUCAAUAUUACACUAAGCCCGUGCUGUUUGUGAUGUGUUCCGGAAAUGAGCUCUUCUAUUCCAUGCUUUAUCUCCUACAUUUCAAUUAUGGGCCAACGCUAUUAUUCGGCAUUGGCCUGUGGCAGUUGAUCUGUGUGCUUACAUUCCCGAUUGCAGCAGUGAAGUCGGCAAUCAGCGCUGUACACCUGUAUGCAGCUUCGGCAAAUAUUGUUGCAAUCGAUGUUGCUGAAAGAGAGGGAAGACUCAAGGAUAACUAAACUUUUGGCUAUUACUGACUAGGAAUUAGUUUAAUCUUGAAUUAUGGUACUCAUUUCUGUAAACCAGAAUAUUCUUUUGGCGUGUUAGUUAAGAGGACGAGUAAGUUUUCCUUCGAAUUUUAAUUUGGAGUUUGGCAGGUAGCCGACUGCCCUUCAGUGACUUGUGACUGCAAUGAUUUCACCAAAUAAGCAAAAUUAAACCGCCAAGGAAAAUUUAAGGUUUACAGUACUACUUCAUUAGGUUAGUGGCUGGCCAUAUUUGCUUUGAGCUCCAUGUUCCGGUAGACCCUAAAUGUAAGAAGCAAGUAGUUCUCUUAUUUGUAUGCCUGUUUACUGUUACUGCCAAACAUUGUUGGAUUUUUGGGGGCAAAAAUUGGUCGUGACUGGCCAUACCUCACCCACAGAUCCUUGGUUAUGAGUCUGGUACUCUAACCAUGUUAUCACUGCUCGUGAGUAUUCAUUAGUUUUUACUCGAUCUUAUUGUUGUUCAUUUCACAAGUUUUUGUGAUGACUAGUUCAAGAACUUCAUUUUGGGAAAAUUAUACGAUGUGUUAAGCCUCUGGUAUGGAACACUGGACUAUAGGUCUCUGUCCAAAAAUCUAGACCAGGAGGGUUGUGGUAAAAUGUAGCCAGAACUUGAGGCGUUUGGACCGAGUUGGCUGCACAAAUCAUGCUGAAAACUCUUCGGCCGUGGCUCUGUCCUGUUGAAUCCAACACAUCACUUGGAAAAAACCAAACUGGCUGCCGCCAAUCAAGGCACUGUGUAAUUACAUGCAAACCUAUGUGCUACAUCGCAAUGGAGGUGUGUUAGAAUGACUCCUUCACCUAACACGAUUAAAAUAAUUUGUUUGAAGUUCGAGUUUUGUGGUUGAAACCCAAAAUAUGCUGUUCUUGUCUGACAUAAUGGUUCUUUAUCUAGAUCAUUGAUGGCUCUGUGUUCAAAAAGAUUGACUUUUGAGUUGUUGAUAGAUCACAGUGUGCUUUUGAUUUAUAGGAAAAGUAUUAUCUAGUUAAAAUGUCGCCUAAAUGUUUUCUGACAUUAAUGGUGCUUUAUCUAGAGCACAGAUGGCUCUGUGCUCCAAAAAAUUGACUUUCGAGUUGUUGAUAGAUCACAAUGUGCUUUUGAUUUAUAGGGAAAGUGUCAUCUAGUAAAAUGGCUGCCGUGAUGCUGCGUUUGAUAAAUGUUUUCUCUAUUUGUGCUUGUCAGGCAUUAAAGCUUCGUCCACUCUUAGUUUAACACUGUUGGCAACUGUGGAUUUGUAGAUCAUCUGUAUUGAAUGGGGCAAUUUGAUGUGAUGCCAAAGUAAUUUUUUAGCAAAAGCUCCUAACUCUCAGCUAGGAAUGCUAUAAUGUAUAUCAUGACAAGAACGUUUUGCCAGGUGGGAAACAAUUUGCCAUUCCAAUUGACCAAUUUCUUAUUUUCUUCCUGCUGAAACUUCCCAAUAUUUGCAGCAUUCCUGUUGUAAAUCUGAAGAUGUUCAGUUCAGUCAGCGAUUCGCAGAUGUUACCACUUGUACUUUUAAUAGAUUUAACAAUGAAAAAUGGGUCUGAGUACUACAGUCUACUGGCAAUAUGGUGACAAUAUGGUGACAUUUCUUAAUACAUGUUACCGUCCACUGGCAGUGAAAAGGUUAAUUUUGUGGUAUUCGUUGUCCAACCUGACCUGCAAAUAUUUUCUAGGUUACAGUAUCUUCAUGGAAUUGUUCAGGACACAAGCGAAUUACUACAUACUCUCUGAUUACUUGAUAUGACAGUUUUUAGCAUUGGACAAAGUGUCGGUAUUUUUAAGUCUAAUGAGAGAAAAGAGAUGUACACAUAAUGUUUUAACUUAUUGUAUCACUGCCAUGUUUAUCAAAAGAUGUGAAAUCAUUGAUAUUAUUUGAGUGUAAUGUGAACCAUUUACAAUAAUAAAUUGGUAUUAGGUUUAGCU